AUGCUUUCUCGACACCGGAUAGUGGCCGCCUCCCUCGCCGUCGGCAUCACCCUUUUGCUAUGGUUCCGCGCGCCACAAUUGCCGGCGAUGGCAAGUAGGCCGUCUCCGGAGAUUCUCAAUAGCACUCUCGGGUUUCAACACAUCUUCGCCAUCAACCUCCCCGCGCGAUCCGAUCGCCGCGACGCCUUGGCGCUCGCUGGUACCUUGUCCGAGCUUGACAUCACAUGGGUUGACGGGGUUUUGGGAAAGGACGUGCUAGACAAGACGCUCCCAGGGGACCCAAACAGUCGCCAGGGCAAUGGAGGGUUUACAACGGGAAACAAAGGGUCGUGGCGGGCGCACAUGGAUGUUUUGCAAAGGAUUGUCCACGAGAACGUGACUAGCGCCCUCAUCCUCGAAGACGACGCCGAUUGGGACUUGCGAUUGAAGAAACAAAUGCAGGUCUUUGCGCAAGCAUCGAGGGCCUUCACACAACUGUCAAACGGGCAGUCCCUCGCGGAGCAGUCCAGCAGUCUCCCAGCCCCAGAGGUCCCAAUCACGCAGGUGCCAUUGAGAACUCGCCCCCGACUCACCCCCUACGGCGACGAUUGGGACGUCUUGUGGCUCGGCCACUGCGGGACCGACUUCCCAGCCACGACCACCCUGCGAGUGACGAUCCCAGAUGACAUGACUGUUCCGUCCCCUAACCAUCUCAAACCGCACCCAUUCGCCUUGCAAGACACUCUCGCCGAGGAGUAUCCCCCACAUACGAGGGUCGUACACCCUUCACGCGGCACGGCAUGUACGCAGGCAUACGCUGUCAGCCAGCAGGGAGCAAGAAAGUUGCUGUGGCAGUUUGGGCUGCAAACACUGACGGCCGGAUGGGACCUCAUGUUGCGGGAUUGGUGUGACGAUAUGUACACCCCUCUCAGCGCCGAGACAGCCGAUGCCAACGAAAACGGAGGCAACAGGAGGGCUCCUGUUUGUCUAACGGUGCAACCACCCUUGUUCAGCCACCACUACGGAAAAGGGGCAGCCUCGGACAUUAUGGCGCCUGGGGGAGGGUUCGUCAACAAGGAUAGGGAGAUGACUCCGUACGUAAGGCUCAGCGUCAGGCUGAAUAUGGAG